AUGGCGCUCCCUCCGAAGAUAUACCAGUUCCUGGUCGGCGUCUUCGCCUCCAUGGGAUCUAUCCUCUUUGGAUAUGAUCUCGGUGUUAUUGCAGGAGUUAUCGCAUCUGAAACCUUCAUUUCCUAUUUUGACACCCCAACCCCUGUUCAGACGGGCAUCGUUGUAUCAUUUUUCACCGGAGGAGCGUUCUGCGGAGCGGGCCUAGCAGGUCCAUGCGGUGACCGAUUUGGGCGCAGAUGGACUAUCGUCAUUGGAUGUAUCAUAUACCUUCUAGGCGGAGGCCUCCAGACUGGCGCACAGAAUAUGGAGUUCCUCUGGGCUGGCCGCUGGCUGGCAGGUCUUGGUGUCGGUUUCCUGGUCAUGAUCAUCCCCCUAUAUCAGGCCGAGAUCUCCCAUCCUUCCAUCCGUGGUACAAUUACUUCCCUCCAGCAAUUUAUGCUUGGCAUAGGUUCUUUUGUUGCAGGCUGGGUGUCAUAUGGCACCUUCAUCUCAAUUAAGACCUCGACCGCUCAAUGGCGGAUUCCUCUGGCAAUCCAGAUAGUUCCCGCUCUUGUGUUAGGAGGGUUGAUAUUCCUUUUCCCAGAGAGUCCUCGUUGGCUGAUUGACCAUGGGCGACCCGAUGAAGGCCUAAAGACCUUGGCUCGACUCCAUUCCAACGGCAACGUCGCCGAUCCUUGGGUGAGAGCUGAAUUUGACCAGAUUCAAGAGAGCAUUACCCAUGAGCAUGAAAACGAAGCCAAAUCCUACCUCGAACUUUUCACAAACAAAUCCUCUUUUAGACGCCUAUUUAUUGCUUGCGCUCUGCAAGCUUCCAUUCAGAUGACUGGUGUUUCGGCAAUCCAAUAUUAUAGCGUCAGGAUUUAUGGUCAGAUUGGCAUCAGCAGCGCCGACACUCUCAAAUACCAGGCUAUCAAUAAUGUGAUUGGGCUCGUUGGCGAAGCUUUCUGUGUCCUGUUUGUUGACAGGUUUGGGAGACGAUGGCCGCUCAUUAUCGGCAACCUGUGCAACAUGGUUUGCUUCCUCAUUGCAUGUAUUUUAAUUGCACAAUUCCCCCCUGGGUCAACCAACAACCAAGCAGCAUCCUGGGGAUUUACCAUCAUGACCUGGUUAUAUAAUUUCUCAUUUUCGGCAACCUGUGGUCCAUUAUCUUGGGUUAUUCCGGCCGAAAUAUUCGACACCCGCACACGUUCGAAGGGUGUCUCCCUCGCCACCAUGGUUUCUUUCGCCUUCAACACUCUAAUCGGACAAGUCACUGAUAUAGCAAUGACCAAUAUCGGCUACAAGUAUUACUUCCUAUUCAUCAUCUGUAACUUUACCAACGCGCUAUUUUUCUGGGCCUUCCUGCCUGAGACCAAGGGACUGCCGCUCGAGGAGAUGAACUAUCUGUUUACGAAUGCGCCGUAUGUGGUUCCCUUCCACGACAAGGAGGCGUAUAGGGCGAAUUAUGCGGAGGAUCUGGAGUCGAGGGCAAGAGAGAUUCAGGAGAAGGGUGAAAUGGUUGACCAUGUUAAUUGA